ACUCCGCCCCUCGUCUUCCUCCCAUCGUCUCUCUCAUGGCUUCCUCCUUUCCUCGCUUCUCCGGCAUAGGCGAGGAUGGCCACGCCGCGGCCGUCGACGCCAUCAUCGCCGAGGCUUCCGAUCUCUGCGCCCUCGAGCAGAUCGCCGCUCUCAACACCGCCCACCUCUCCGACUCCAACCUCCUCCCCUCCCAUCUCGAAUCGCGCUUCCGCAAGCUCAAGUCCCUCCCUAAUUCGUUCCCCGAUCCCUCCAAUCCCUCCACCACCCUUACACCUCGUUUCCCUCCUGAGAACGGGGAGGAUAAGGAGAAUUUCCCCGAUCCCCCUAAAAUGAAUCGCGCCCGGACCUUGCCCGCCCCCACGGUCAACCCCCAGAAACCAGAUGUUUCGAUUCCUCGAGAAGAGGAUGCUUUACCUACCGAGAACGAAUGUAUUACUAGGACUAAGAAGGAGGAACUGAAAUCGAACUGGGCUUUUGGCUCCUCGCCCUCGUUCUUGGCCGAUUCCUCCGGGGAGUCUUCGCCUUCGCCGCCGCGGCAGAGGUGUUGUCUGUGUUUCUCACCAAAGAGGGCCCAGAGGAAGAGUAAGGGAGACGAGAUUCUAUCCGAGCUAGGCAUCCCGUCGCUGAAGGAGGAGCACCGAAAGUUGAAGAAGGCUUUGAAGGAGCAGGAGAAGAUGACGCGGGAGACGGAAAAGAUAGUGAAGUGGGUGAAAAAGGCAUCAGCAAGGAUGAACUCGGCCUCGGUUGAUGAUUUGCUGAGCGAUGCUGAGGACGAAGAGCUCAAGUGACCCGACUCGUAUAAGAGACCGUCUAGGUUUCUUUGCCUAAACCAUUAAUCUCCGAGCGCCAAGGAAGCACAUCGGCAGGGUGGGACAAGACCUAACGAUGUUCGUCGAGAGCAUCCACGAAAACAUCACCUACAGGAGUGACAAUAAAAAGUCUCCGAUGAAGAUCGAGGCGGUGGCGUGGGGGCUCAUCCGACGACAGGGGCAAAGGGGCUCUAGCACGGGACAGCCACAUGGCUCAUCCGAUGGCAGAGG